AUGUCAAAACCCUUAUUUAAUCCGAGAUUAACCGCAAAGCAUCGUCUUCUAAAGUUUUGCAUCAUCACAGUGGAAAAUCUUCUUUUCAAUCACAGAGUUCAAUCCAUUCGGAAGAUUAGCAUGAUAAGUGAGUUGGCUCUCUCACAAGAUGACUAUACCAUUAAGGUCCGUGUCAUCCGUUUGUGGAGACAAACUUCAUGGAAUCAACAACUUCGUAUGAUUGGCAUGAUAUUGAUGGAUGAAAUGGGCUCAAAAAUUGAAUGUAAUGUGGACAAACCAUUUGCAUCGCUUCAAGGAAAAUCUUUUGAAGAAUAUGGUGAUUACUACAUUCAUAAACCCACAUUAGGGUUAAAUGAAGGUGCUAUAAAGUUUGUUGACGGUCCACACAAACUCUAUUUCCAGUAUAACACGAAGGUAACUAAAUGCAUAGAUUUUUGCGGGCCACAGAAUUCUUUUGAUUUUGCAGACUUCCAACAACUUCAUGAUAAUGCAAUAAACCCAAAAAUUUCAUUUGAUGUUAUUGGAAACGUUUUCCGGUGUUUUCCAUUGGAACCUGCAAAGGAUAGACAGGAAAAGAAAAUCACAUUCAAAAUGGAGGAUUUAGAAGGACAUGAAGUUUUUGUUACCCUAUGGGGAAGGUAUGCUGAUGAAAUUAAUGCAUAUGUCUCUAAGCAUACCGGUCAUUUUGUAUUGCUUAUUCAAUGUGCUAAGUUGAAGCUUGUCCGAGAUCGUCCUUAUGUCAAUAACACCUACUUGGCCACAAAACUUUAUAUUGAAGAUGACACUGAGGAGAUAACAACUUUCAAAAAAAGUUUACAAGCAAAAAAAGGCUCUUUGACUUCCUCGGUUUCACGUACCUCGGGUUCAUCCAUCAUGUAUUCACUACAUGAUGACUUUCUUCAAAAAAACUCUUUUCACCAAAUAUCCGCUAUUCACGAAUUGAACGAAGGAGGUUGUGCGGUAAUUCUUGGCACAAUAAAGAUGUUUGAAGAUACACGGAACUGGUAUUAUAAUGCUUGCAAACAUUGCAAGUCAAAGGUUCAAAUAGUUAAGGUUUCAGAUGAGACGGUCAAUGGCUUGGACCAGUUAGAAGAGAAAGAGAUUAUGGUUUGUACAAAUGAAAAGUGCAAGGACAAACUUAUUACUGCUGAACCAAGUUUUAUGAUCAAAGUUCGAGUUCAAGGUUUAGUUGGUGUUGUGAGUCUUACGAUCUUUGAUCGUGAAGUCAGAAAUAUUCUGAAAUUAUCUGCUGCUGAUUUAUUAUCAAAAUAUGAAAGGUUUGGCAAUACAAGUCAGUUUCCUAUUGAGUUGAAUGCCAUGAUCGACAAAAAAUUGGCUUUCAAGAUUGUUGUCAAGACAUUUAAUGUUUCAAGAUUUGGUCGUUCUUACAACAUUUCCAAAAUAACGGAUAAUGUUGACAUUAUUUCUGCUUUGGAGAAAAUUGAGAAAAAGAGUAGGAUUGAACAGGACAUGGAUACUGAAUCUGUUAAUAUAAUUGGCUCAGAAUUUGCAUCUCAAGAAACAGUGGGUUGUAAGGAUGAUACUUCCCACACUGCUGAUAAUACUCCUGUGUCGAAUAUUCCCUCUGGCAUAUCAUCAAGAACAGUCAACAACCUCAAUUCACCGCCUACAAGUGCCAAACGUAAACUUGUAGAUGUUUACGAUCUUGAUGAUGACGUUUAUGAAUCAGCAACGAAACCUAAUGCACCCCGUAUUGGAGAUGGCAAAGUUGGUGGAACAACAAAAUUGUUGAUUCCUAAAGUUGAAAAGUGA